GCAGCAGACAGGUCGUUAACGUAAUGAGUGACACCUGUGAUGCUUCUACUACAGGUCGAAACGUCUGCUGUGAAAAAGGCCUGUUGGACACAAUUCAGUGUCUGAGUCUGAUGCCAUGAGAAACGUCUGUCACACUGACCACACAUUGUCUGGACGGGUUGGUGGUGGACCUGUGACAGCUCACAUGGAGAGAAUUUAAAAGGGUCAUGGACGCGGUGAGGCAGGCAGGCACACAGAAAGGGAAAGCAGAACCAGAGAAACGGAUAUCAUGGAGCUACAAACUGCCCUUCUGUUGGUCUGUCUAUUAAGGACAGGCUUUGCUCUGCCACUUCAGAUUGGAAUUAUUGCAAGCAACAGCAAUGAGAUCCUGAGACUGAAUGGGCUAACUCUUGCAGCUCUUGGACAAACACAGGCAUCUUCAAUAUUACCCCAGUAUGUGCUGCAGCAGCAGCAGCCUGAGGUGCUGCUCACUCCGCAGGUGGUGAACUUGAACCCGCAGGUGGCUGGUCCUUUCGGUCCCCAGGGGCCUCAGCUGUUGCUGCCCACCCAGGGAAACCAGCUGACGCCUAUGCUUGUCCCCAACGGUCAGCAAGAACAGCUCGGGCCUCCACAGGACCCCAAUGCUCCUAAUGUUCAUCAGCAGGCCCAAAACCCCAUGCAGAUGUUUCCACAGUUUCAGUACCCUGCUUAUGGAUUUCCUCAGUUUCCUAGACAGCAGGGCUUCCCGUACUUUGUGCAUCCUUACGGCUAUCCCCAGCAGAGGAAUACUGUGGUGCUGCAGCCCAACAAGGGCCAGCAGAACCUGGAGAGAACCACACAGAGACCACAGCUCCCUCUGCAGCAGGCUUCCCAGCCGAAGGUGCAGACAGAAAAAACGUGGCCAAUGGGGACACAGAAGGAGUCUACUACAAUUCCCCCUGAUCCUCGUGGUGACACCUCUGGCCCUGGCGUUGACGAGGGUCACUCCAACUUCCCCUUCCUCUUUGAGCCUUAGAUGUCACCCGGGAAAUAACAAGGUGAUAAGGCAGAAAUUAAUUUCCACGUGUUUGGCUGUAGUCACUGUGAGCUCAUUCUUCUGCAGAAUACACCAGAGUAUGCUGUUCUUCUAAAUGCAAUUUAUUUGUCCUUGGUUAUUUGUAUAAUAAAAUAUAACUGUUUUGCUCGUUUCAGGAAUAUGUUCCACUCUCUCACAACAUGUCAAAUAAAGAAUUUUGCCAAAGAUAA